GCAUAAUAUUCUUGCACCCUCUCACUACUCAUCUCCAUUAACCUCCAAUUAAGAUUCCUCUCUCUUUGCUUUAAUUUGCCCUCUACCAACAAGAAACCCUAGGUUGAAAAUGGGAAGAGGGAAGAUUGUGAUUCGGAGGAUCGAUAAUUCGACGAGCAGGCAAGUUACUUUCUCAAAGAGGAGAAAGGGUUUGAUCAAGAAAGCCAAGGAGCUUGCUAUCCUCUGCGAUGCAGAAGUUGGUCUUGUUAUAUUCUCCAGCACUGCAAAACUUUAUGAAUAUGCAAACACAAGCAUGAAAUCAGUGAUCGAGAGAUAUAACUCAUGCAAGGAGGAAGAACAACAACUCAUAAAUCCAGAAUCUGAGGUUAAGUUUUGGCAAAGGGAGGCAGAAAUUUUAAGGCAGCAACUACAGAACCUUCAAGAAAAUCAUCGGCAAUUGAUGGGGCAACAUCUUUAUGGUUUGAGUGUGAGAAACCUACAAGAUCUAGAGAACCAACUAGAAAUGAGUCUCCAAGGUGUCCGAAUGAAAAAGGAACAAAUUCUAACAGAAGAAAUCAAGGAGCUGAACCGAAAGGGCAACUUUAUCCAUCAGGAAAAUUUGGAACUUUUUCAGAAAGUAAACCUGAUGCAGGAGGAAAACACACAAUUAUGCAGAAAGGUGUAUGGCACAAGCGAAAUGGAAGCAACAAGCAGAAAUGGAUUUAUUCCAAUUCCAUAUGGUAUUCAAGUAGGAGGAGGAGGCUCACAGGCAUUAGUCCAACUUCAGUUAUGCCAGCCAGAUCAAGAAGCCUGUGAGACUUCAACAAGUGCAACAAGAUGAAUCACACAUGAACAAGUGAAGAUGUGGAUGUAAAAUUGGUUAUGGAAAAUCUUAAUAUAGCAUGGAAUAGAUAGCAAGAAAAAUGAGUGCAACAAGACAAAUUAAAGAUGC